GAACAGCUGAGUUUGAACGUGAUUAUGAUGAUGAUUGCUGGAAAACGAUACGUAGAUGAUGGCGAGGAAAGUGCGAUCGGGGGGCGAUCUUUUCGGGAUGCUGUUAAGGAGUUUAUGUACAUGUCGGGACAGUUUAUUGUGUCUGAUUCGAUUCCGUUUCCGCCCCUGAGAUGGUUGGAUUUUCAGGGGCAAAUCAAGUCCAUGAAGAGAGUUUCGGAAGAACUAAGCGCUAUUUCCGGACGGUGGAUCGAGGAACACGUCGGAGGGGAGAGAAAGGGUAGUGCUGAUGAGCAAGACUUUAUUGAUGUGAUGCUUUCGACAGUUGACGACAAGUUUACGAGAUUCGGACAUACGCGCGAUACCAUCAUUAAGGCGACGAUAUUGAACCUCAUCUUAGCAGGCUCAGACACCACAUCAAUCCACCUAACAUGGCUACUAUCCCUAUUGCUAAACAAUAAGCAAGUCAUGCACAAAGCCCAAGAAGAGAUCGACGCGAAAGUCGGUAAAGAAAGAUGGGUACAAGAAUCGGACAUCAAGAACUUAGUCUACCUUCAAGCCAUCGUCAAAGAAACGCUCCGCCUAUUCCCACCGGGGCCCUUAUCGGUACCGCACGAAGCCAUCGAGGACUGCCACAUAAGCGGCUAUCACGUCCCGAAAGGGACUCGGUUAUUGGUCAACGUGUGGAAAUUGCACCGGGACGCAAGAAUUUGGACAGAACCGGAUAAAUUCUUGCCCGAGAGGUUUCUAACGGGCAGCCACGUGGUGGGAAGAAAAAGGAAAAGACAUAAGAUUAUAUAA